CCAGCUCCUGGCGUCCAGUGUCAGCUCUCACUUCCCAGUCCUAGCUCCCGGUGCCCAAUGCCACUUCCCAGCUCCCGGUGCCCAGGGUCAGUUCCCGGUGCCCAGUCCCAGUUCCCAGUGCGCAGUCUCAAUUCCCAGUCCCCAGGACCAGCUCCCAGUGCCCAGGACCAGCUCCCGGUGCCCAAUGCCACUUCCCGGUCCCAGCUCCCGGUGCGCAGUCUCAAUUCCCAGUGCCCAAGGUCAGUUCCCGGUGCCCAACGCCACUUCCCGGUCCCAGCUCCCAGUGCCCGCCCCCUCUCCUCCCCGCCGUCCCCCCGCCCCGUGCCGGAGCCACCCCCGUGCCCGCUGUUCCCGUUCGUGCCGCUGUUCCCGGCUCCCGGCACAGCGCGGCUCCCGCAGCACCAUGUGGCUGCAGGCGCUGCUCUUCCUCGCCGCCCUUCUCCUCCUCCUCCUCGCCCUCCUCUCGCUGGUGCUCCUGCGGGGCUCGGGCAGCCGCAACCCCUUCGCCACCGACAGCCGCCGCCCGCCCGGCCCGCUCGUCACCGACAAGGCGGUGCGCAGGACCGUCGUCAAGACAGUGUUCUCGGCGGAGAAGGUGCCGCCGGAGCUCGAUGCCAUCGUGGUGGGCAGCGGCAUCGGCGGGCUGGCGGCCGCGGCGCUGCUGGCCAAGGCGGGCUGGCGGGUGCUGGUGCUGGAGCAGCACGGCAAGCUGGGCGGCUGCUGCCACACCUUCACCGAGAAGGGCUUCGAGUUCGACACCGGGAUCCACUAUGUGGGGCAGAUGCAGGAGGGCUCCCUGAUGCGGUUCCUGGUGGACCAGCUGACAGAUGGGCAGCUGGAGUGGGCCCCACUGCCGGCCACCUACGAUGCCGUGGUUCUGGGGGACCCCCAGGGCUCUGGCAAGACCUUCCACAUCCACUCUGGGAAGAGGGAAUAUUUCCAGAGGCUGAAGGAGCAGUUCCCCGGGGAGGCCGCGGCCAUCGACGAGUUCCAGCGGUUGGUGAAGAGCGCUGGCCGUGGGGUUGUGCUGCUGGGCAUGCUGAAGAUGCUCCCCAGGUUCCUGGCCAAGCUCCUCAUCUGCUCCAGGCUGCUCCCACGGCUCUGCUCCUUCUCCCAGCUGGCCUCACGCAGCCUCAAGGAGGUGGUGGAUGGUCUCACCCCCAACCCCGAGCUCCGGGCUGUCCUCAGCUACAUCUUCCCCACCUAUGGCGUGCUCCCCUCCAAGGCCAGCUUCUCCAUGCACAGCAUCCUGGUGAACCAUUUCCUGCACGGCGCCUGGUACCCCAAGGGCGGCGCGGGGGAAAUCGCCUUCCACACCAUCCCCGUGAUCCGCAGCGCCGGAGGAAACGUCUUUGGGAAGGCGCCGGUGCAGAGGAUCCUGCUGGACGCGCAGGGCAGAGCCUGCGGUGUGAGCGUCAGGAAAGGCCAGGACUCGGUGGAAAUCUUUGCUCCCGUGGUCAUUUCGGAUGCCGGCAUCUUCAACACCUACGAGCGGCUGCUGCCGGCGGAGGCGCGGGCUCUGCCGGAGAUCCAGUCCCAGCUCCACAUGCUGACCCCUGGCGAGGGCGGCUUCACCGUCUUCGUGGGCCUCAGCGGCUCCAGGGAGGAGCUCGGGCUGGAGGCCACCAACUACUUCAUGUUCCCCGGGAACGACCUGGAUGGAAUCAUGCAGCGCUACCUGGCUUCAUCCAGAGAGGAAGCUGCCAACAACAUCCCCUUGCUCUUUGUCACCUCGCCGUCAGCCAAGGACCCCACCUGGGAAAUGAGGCACCCAGGUAAAUCCACGCUGGCCAUCGUCACCUUCGCCAGGUACGAGUGGUUCGAGGAGUGGAAGGACAAGCAGGUCCACAAGAGGGGGGAUGACUACGAGGACCUGAAGAAGACUUUUGUGGAUGCCAUCAUGCAGACUGUCUACAAGCUCUACCCUCGCAUCGAGGGCCGGAUCGAGUACCUCUCGGGUGGCACUCCCCUCACCAACCAGCACUACAUUGCCAGUCCCCACGGCGAGUUCUACGGCGCUGACCACGGCAUCCCGCGGCUGCAGGCCGAGGCCAUUGCCACCGUGCGGGCGGACACGGCCGUGCCCAACCUCUACCUGACAGGGCAGGAUUUGUGCCUGGGGGGCUUCAUGGGGGCCCUGCAGGGAGCCCUCAUCUGCGCCAGCACCAUCCUCAAGCGCAACCUGUACGCGGACGUGGCGCGGCUGAAGAUGCGCCUGCAGGCCACCAGCAGCAAGAAGGGAGACUAAAGGCUGCCAUCCCCCCAGCAGGGCCCUGCUCCCCAGCACAGCACCCCAGCUCACCCUCACCUGCCACACGCCUGUAGCAGACCCGUCUCUGUGCCCAGCUGAGGGAUUUCAUCCGGGGCGAUGCCGUUCCCAUGCCCAGACAGAUUGUGUUGGACCUCACCCCCCUAAAAAAUGCAUCCCCUUCCAGCAUCGUGUCAGUGCUGGUCCCUGGCCACGAAGGGAGUGCCCAGGAGCUGUUGUGGCCAGGAGAGAAGUCAAGAUAACCCCAAAAUGGGAGCACCAGCAGCUCCCGUGGCUGCUUGACCCCAUUGUGAUCACUGACCCCAGCCAAAGCCCCCAACCAAAGCCCACCUCCACCUGCAGCCCCAGCCAAAGCCCCCAGCCAAAGCCCACCUACACCUGCAGCCCCAGCCAAAGCCCCCAGCCAAAGCCCACCUACCCCUGCAGCCCCAGGGCUGUCUGAGAGCCUGCAGGCUGUCCAUUGCUUCCAGAGUCAUUCCCCAGCCCUCCAGAAUUCCCAGUGUUCGGGUGCUGCUCUUUCCCCCCCUGCCCCAAGGCAUCCGUGCUCCUUUAGCAGCAACAAAGUCCUUCUGUCUGCUGGUAAAAGCUUGGGAACAGGAUGAAAGUCCUCUCCAGAUGGGAAGGGAGGCACGUGAGACUGGAAGUAAUAAAAUAGUGAUCACGAAA